AUGCCCCUCUUUGCUUUUGGCUCCAACGGUUCCGGACAGCUUGGCAUCGGACACCUCGACGAUGUCUCUGUGCCGACACGGUGUUUGUUUUCCAGAGAAAGGAGCGACGACAAUGGCCAGGAUCAAGGCCAAGGCCAAGACCAAGGCCAGGGUCUGGGCCAAGUCGUCCGCAUCGUCGCGGGCGGGAAUCACACCGUGAUCCUCUUCGACAGCGGGGCCGUGUAUGCCGCGGGGUCUAAUGAGAACGGGCGAUGCAGCCAAUUCGGCUCUGGCUCUGGAUCGAAGAAGGAUGACGAGGAUGAGGAAAACCAGGCUUCUCGAUCCGACUCAGGAGAGUCGUCGUCGUCGUCGUCGUUGCUAAGUUUCACUCGGGUGGUCCUGCACCUCGAAGGAAGGGUCAUCGACCGCUUCCGCGCCGUGUCAGCGACGUGGGAAGCUACUUUUCUGGUUCCUGCCCAUGAUGACAGCAACGAAGAUGCUGAAGAUGAGAUCUUCGUGCUGGGAGCAGGCACGAAAGGAGAGUUGGGGCUUGGCCCGAAUCAGACGGAGACGUCCGGCGGGCCAGCAAAAAUGUCAGAUUUUCCGCCCCGCGGGACGCGGAUUGCUGCCAUUGAGAGCGGGAUGGGCCAUACGGUCGUCGUUCUGUCUAAUGGGGACGUCUACGGCUGGGGAGCGGCAAGGAAGGGACAAUUGGGACGGUCAGCGUCACACAAGAAAACUCUUUGGUCACCGGAGAAGAUCGGGGAUGAAGAAAUCUCGUUCCCGGCUACGGGUGCUGCCUGCGGGCGGGAAUUUACUAUCAUCACCGGGGACAGAGAACGUGGUGACUUUGUGAUCCUCGGAUCAGACAGAUGGAAUAUCUUGUCUGGUGCUCCUCAGUCCGUCAAGGGAGGCUCUGUAUCUGCCAGUUGGCACGGGAUCUAUGUACAUGAGUCGGAUCUAUCUAUCAAAGCCUGGGGCCGGAAUGACCGUGGCCAGCUCCCUCCACCGGAUUUCCCCAAGGCCGCUCAGAUAGCGGCUGGUAGUGAACAUGUUGUCGCUCUGCUUCCAGAUCAGACGGUGGCGGCUUUUGGAUGGGGAGAACAUGGGCAAUGUCAAUGGGAGGUGGAACCAGAUUCCACUUGCGGUUGCUGA